CGGAAACACGGCGGGGCCAAACCAUGCAGUUAGAGUCGCACGUUUGAACUCUCGGCACAUUCUUACAAUGGCGAGACGGACGUGGAGGUUGAAGCUCCUCGGGGAAAAUAAGAAACCUAUCAUUUCGGAGAAGCUUCUUUAUUCCCAAUGACUGCCAAAAGAACGUGUGCUGGAUGAUCGACGGGGUAACGUGAGGAAGGCGCUUUGUACGGUGGCUCGUGGAUGGAUGUGAGGCGGCGUGUCCUGGGGGAGCCCCUUUUUUAACCAUGAAAGAGUGUGAUCGGGGUACCUGUACGGUGCUGUGAUCUGGUGUGAAAGGCUGCCGUGGAGGCUGGCCAGCCAGGGCGAUCGCUGGGACGGGAUGGCACCCCGAAGCCGGAGAGCAUGGUGCAGCGUUCUCCUGGGCUUGGUGGUCGGAUUCACCCUGGCUUCCAGAUUUAUUCUGCCAAGGGCCAGCGAGUUCAGGAAAGGUGGCCAGAAGGGCUCAUCGAGCCCGGGGGGUUGCACGCUGUACAGGGCGUCCAGGAAAGAGCCAGCCGUUGCGCUGCCUUGGCGGCGACAUGGCAGCAGAUUGUCGGCGACUGACAAGCCCGUGCCCCCGUCCAAGAGCUUCCUUUUUGUCGGUGUUAUGACGGCGCAGAAGUACCUGAACAACCGCGCAGUGGCUGCAUACAGGACCUGGGCCCAAACCAUUCCAGGCCAGGUGGAGUUCUUCUCCAGUGAGGGCUCCGACACCUCCGUGCCCGUCCCCGUCGUGGCAUUGAAGAACGUGGACGACUCGUACCCGCCGCAGAAGAAGUCCUUCAUGAUGCUCAAGUACAUGCACGACCACUACCUGGAGCAGUUCGAGUGGUUCAUGCGGGCGGACGACGACGUCUACGUCAAGGGUGACCGGCUGGAGGCCUUCCUGCGGAGCCUGAACAGCAGCGAGGCUAUUCUCCUGGGCCAGACGGGCAUGGGUGCCCGUGACGAGCUGGGCAAGCUGGCCCUGGAGCCCGGAGAGAACUUCUGCAUGGGCGGCCCAGGGGUGAUCAUGAGCCGCGAGGUGCUGCGGCGGGUGGCGCCCCACAUCCGCCAGUGCCUGCAGGAGAUGUACACCACCCACGAGGACGUGGAGGUGGGACGCUGCGUUCGCCGCUUUGCCGGGGUCCAGUGCGUCUGGUCCUACGAGAUGCAGCAACUGUUCUACGAAAACUACGAGCCCAACAAGAAGGGCUACCUCAGCGACCUGCACAACAGCAAGAUCCACCGGGCCAUCACGCUUCACCCCAACAAGAGCCCACCUCACCAAUACCGGCUGCACAGCUACCUGCUUAGCCAGCAGAUUGCUGAGCUGCGACACCGCACUGUGCGGCUGCACCGCGAGAUCGUUCAGGCCAGCCGCUACAGUGGCAGCGCCGGUGACUUGCGCAAGGAGGACCUGCAGUUGGGCGCCGCCCCCUCCUUCAUGCGCUUCCAGCCCCGCCGGCGGCAGGACGUCCUGGAGUGGGACUUCCUGACGGGCCGCUAUGUCUGCUCAGCAGCCGAAGGGCAACCACCGCGCCGCGGCAUGGAAGCUCCGCAGAAGGCGGCCCUGGAGGACAUUGUCAUGCAGUUGAUGGAGAUGAUCAAUGCUAACGCCAAGACGCGUGGCCGUAUCAUCGACUUCAAGGAGAUCCAGUAUGGUUAUCGGCGAGUGAACCCCCUCUAUGGGGCGGAGUAUGUGCUGGACCUGCUGCUGCUCUACAAGAAGCAGAAGGGGAAGACCAUGAUGGUCCCCGUCAGGAGGCAUGCUUACCUCCAACAGACGUUCAGCAGGAUCCAGUUCUGUGAGGAGGAGGAGCUUGAUGCCCAAGCUCUGGCCGGCAGGAUCAAUCAUGAGUCGGGCUCCCUCACCUUCCUCUCCAACUCCCUCAAGAUGUUAGUGCCUUUCAACCUGGGCGGCACCGGCUCCGACCACAAGGAGCCGAGGGAAGAGAGGAUCAACAUUCUGGUACCGUUGGCAGGUCGAUAUGAGAUCUUCGUCCGAUUCAUGGCAAAUUUCGAGAAGGUUUGUCUGAUUCCUAACCAGAAUGUCAAGCUGCUUGUGCUGUUAUUCAGUGAGGACAGCGACAUGGAGCGGGUGAAACAAGUUGAGCUGAUGAGGGAGUACCACAUCCGAUACCCUAAGGCCGAGCUGGAGGUCCAACCUGUGCCGGGUCCGUUCUCCCGGGCUGUGGCUUUAGAGGUGGGCUCUUCCCGCUUUUCCAACGACUCGCUGCUCUUCUACUGUGAUGUUGACCUGCUUUUUACCGUCGACUUCUUGAACCGGUGUAGGAGUAACACGAUACUGGGGCAGCAGACGUACUUUCCCGUCAUUUUCAGCCAGUUUGACCCCAAGGUUGUCUACGCAGGGAUGGUUCCAAGCGACAACCAUUACGUCUUCACCUCCAAAACAGGACUGUGGAGACAUUUCGGUUUCGGCAUCGUCUGUGUCUACAAGCGGGACCUGGUUCGGGCUGGGGGGUUUGACGUGUCCAUCCAGGGCUGGGGUCUGGAAGAUGUGGACCUUUUUAAUAAAUUCGUCCAAUCAGGGAUCAGACUUUUCCGGAGUACAGAAACUGGUAUAGUGCACGUACAUCACCCCGUCUUGUGCGACCCCAACCUGGACGCCAGGCAGUAUAAGAUGUGCCUGGGCUCCAAGGCGUCGUCAUAUGGGUCGGCACAGCAGCUGGCUGAGAUCUGGCUGGAGAAGAAUCAUCUGGGCUUUGGAAGAGCCAGCAAUAGUGCCAAUAGGUCAAGGACGGCAUGAACAGGCCAGUUUGGGCUCCACUUUUUAGCAACUUAAUUUAUUUUGUACACAAGGAUAGAUUGUGGAUAUAUUUUUGGAAAUGUUUUUUAAAAACACUGAUUUUUCAUGUGGGUAGUAAUGCACGGAAGGUUCUUCUUGUGGCUGAGCCUAAGAGGGCUGAGACCUAAACGACCAUCCUGGUGGAUUUCGUGCCGCGGCAGUUAUCUGCUACGCUUUGGCGCUCUGACAGAAUCAAACAAAAAGUCAGUGCCAAUUACUUGAGUCAGAUAUGGGAUUUUUCGAGUUACUGCUACUAAAUUAUUUGCUUUUUCAUCCAACUGUUUUAUAUAAAGGUAUGCACAGCAAAAAAAAAAAGUUUUUAAAUGUACUUCAAGAUGGAAUAAAAAUUUCAAGCUGCACGUGAUUGUUAGGGCAUCAAUGAGGCGGGCACAACAGGAUUGUGGUCCAAUAAGAUUACGUGCCUCAGUGAUGGACACACUGCAGGCCUAUGAAUGCGACGUUUCCACAGAGCAAAUCAAUGUUUUAGGAUAUUCUUUUGUUUUUUUUGUUUCUCCUUAACUCCAGCCUGCAUGUAGGUAAUGAUGAAGCUUGACACCUAGUUUUAAUUAAACACCAUAGAUUUUUUUUCGUAUCCGUGCAAUUAAAUGUCUGCUUCUAUCAUCUGAAAUGCUGGAUCUGGUAUCUUCCAUUUCUUCAUCCGUAUGUCUAAUUUAUUAAAUGUUUGUUUGCUUUUUAUAAUAUAUGAGCUUUGUACAGUGUCGAUUGGAAAGGAUGUAACGCUUUUUUCACCAAUGGUUUGUUACCGAAGACUGUUUGCUAGCGUGUGUGUGUGUGUGUGUGUGUGGGGCAUGUGUGCAUGCAUUUUGGUAAUUAUUACAUUGUGGGGACUGUAACUUUUUACCUUGUGGGGACAUUUUUUUGGUCCCCUCAAGAGGAAACUGUUUUAUAAAAAUCUGUGACUGCAAUCAAACAUCUAAAGGUCUUAAUUGUAUUUUGUGUGGUUACUUAUGGUUAAGGUAGUUGGAAUUAAAAUUUUUUCCCAUAGAAAUGAAUGGAGUCCCCAUAAAGAUAUGAAUAUAUGCACUGUGUGUCUGUGUGUGUACAUGCGUGCACAAGAUGGUAUGUGUACACAUCUCCGUGAGCCACCAUGUCUUCCUGUGGUCUGUUUGUGUCUGCACCCACACUUGUGUUCAGUGACUGUUUUCAGCUGGAGGUUGUAGAUGCAGUGGGGUCCACCUCACUGUGUUUGGUAUGUCGCCCUGGCAGGGAACCGCUGUCCCUUCAUUUUGGUGCUCCCUCCCUGGGAGGGUGUUCCAGCGGGCGGUAGGGCUGAACGUGGCUGUGUUUAACAGAAGUGUCUGGCAUUAUGUGUUUUGCACUUAAGGGUCCGUGUCCAAUAAAGCUAACUAAUGGCGCUUU